AACAAAAAAUGUAAUUUGCUGCUAAGUUUGUUGUUACCACAAAAAUAAAGAAAGAGUUUUUUGUUUUAACCACAGUCACCUGAAAUCAGAAGGCAACGUAAUGUUUCGUUUUUAUUCAAACAAUUGUAAAAAUGUAUUAAGAAAUCUUGACAUGCGAUCUUAUUCGUAUUUCAAUGAAAUACCACCAGAAUAUGAUGUUUUGAUAAUUGGCGGUGGGCAUGCAGGCACUGAGGCUUCUGCUGCAGCCGCGCGUAUGGGAGCACGUACUCUACUGGUUACGCAUAAACGUGAAACAGUGGGUGAAAUGUCUUGUAAUCCUUCUUUCGGAGGCAUAGGUAAGGGUCAUCUAAUGCGUGAAGUUGAUGCUUUGGAUGGUGUUUGUGCUAAGUGCUGCGAUAAAUCGGGUGUGCAAUAUAAAAUCUUAAAUAAGCGGCGCGGGCCGGCCGUUUGGGGACCAAGAGCACAAAUUGAUCGUAAACUAUAUAAGAAAGCAAUUCAAGAAUACCUCUUCAACAUGGAGAACUUGGAUAUCUGUUGUGCGCCAGUAGAUAAUUUGCUUAUCGAACCAACCGCUUGUGGUCACGGUGUGCAGUGCAAAGGCAUAAUUCUGCAAAGUGGUCAAAUAUUAAAAAGCCGUACUGUUGUUCUAACAACUGGCACGUUUUUAAGAGCUAAUAUUAAUUUCGGCUUGGAAGUACGACCAGCUGGACGUAUGGGUGAUGCUCCGGCUAUGGCUUUAGGCAAAAACUUAGAAGAUAUUGGCUUUCGAAUGGGUCGUUUAAAAACAGGUACUCCACCACGUUUAUUGCGAAAUACAAUUGAUUUUUCCCAACUUUCAAAGAAUAUGGGAGAUAAUCCUCCUGUACCUUUUUCUUUCAUGAAUGAUCACGUAUGGAUUCAGGCCGAUGCUCAACUGCCUUGUUAUCUUACCUAUACGACAAUGAAAGUAAAUCAAAUAGUUAAAGAUAACUUGCACGUCAAUCGUCACGUUACCGAAGAAAUAACGGGACCACGUUAUUGUCCGUCCAUAGAGUCGAAAGUUUUGCGUUUUGGCGAGAAAUCGCAUCAAAUAUGGUUAGAACCAGAAGGAUUUGAAAGCGAUUUAAUAUACCCUCAAGGCUUAUCCUGUACUUUACCUUAUGAGCUGCAAGAGGAACUGGUGCAUUCCAUACCAGGUCUAGAAAAGGCCCAAAUAAAACAACCUGGCUAUGGUGUUGAAUAUGAUUAUAUAGAUCCGCGCGAAUUAUAUUGUACUUUGGAAACAAAACGUGUGCAAAAUCUUUUUUUCGCUGGCCAAUUAAAUGGCACAACGGGUUAUGAAGAGGCCGCUGCUCAAGGCAUUAUAGCGGGAGCUAAUGCAGCAGCAAAAACCGUGCAUAAGUCUGCGAAAAAUUUAUCAAUCAGCCGGACGGAAGGAUAUAUCGGUGUUUUAAUUGAUGACUUAACCACUUUAGGUACUAACGAGCCCUAUCGCAUGUUUACUAGUCGUGCGGAAUUCAGGCUAAUGCUUCGACCUGAUAAUGCAGACAUAAGGUUAACUGAAAAAGGCUUUCAUUUCGGUUUGAUAACAUCCGAACGCUAUAAACGAUUUAUAGCCACUAAAAAUAAGCUAAAUGAGGCUAUGGACUUGUUAAAAAGUAUAAAGAAGCAUACCAAUUAUUGGCGUCAAUCGUUACAUUUACCCACAUCUAAAACUUCAAUAGAGAAAUCUGCCUUCGAUAUGUUGGGUAUACCUAGCGAUAAUGUAACACUGAAACAAUUAAUAGAUUUAUUACCUCAGGAACUCGGCCAUCUUAGUGAUAUAACUACAUUGGCUGACAGAAUUAAAAUAGAAGCUUUGUACAGUCAUUUUGUUGAAGAGCAAAUGCAAGAAGUAAACGAAGUAAGACGUGAAGAACAUUUAAUCAUACCAAAAGAUAUUGAUUAUUUCGCCAAAAGUCUAAGUUUGUCCAAUGAAGAACGUCAAAAGUUAACUAUGAUACAACCCCAGACUAUAGCAGCUGCCAGCCGUAUACAAGGUGUAACUCCUUCUACCAUAGUCAGACUUCUAAAGCAUGUCAAACGUAUAGAUCAGGAAAAUAUAGCUUUAAGCAAUAAUUAGAAGUGAAUGGUAAAAAAUAAAUGAUAAGCAAUGGAUUAAAAAAAGAGCUUUAUUCCUUGAGGAGCAGCUUAAUAAACAAUAACUCCAAUACGUGAGUUAU